UCCAGGUGUUCUGCGGCUAGGAAAGGAGGCUGUCUGCAAAUGACGAUGAUGUUACCAAUCUGAAUCGAUUUUAUGUUCAUCGACGACUGAGAUACAACAAGAAUCGUUCUAGUAAUUUAGGAUACAAUGACGGUCUUCAACCUGUACAUAUUUGACAGGAAUGGUACGUGUCUGUACUAUGUGGAGUGGAAUAGGAAGAAACACUCGGGUAUCGCAAGCCAGGAGGAGGAGUUCAAAUUGAUGUAUGGGAUGAUUUUCUCCAUCAAGUCUUUUGUCAACAGGAUAUCGCCAUCUGAUUUAAAAGAUGGCUUCUCAAGCUUCAAGACAAGUCGAUACAAGUGCAAUUUCUAUGAAACUCCGAGCGGUUUGAAGUUUAUCCUAAACACAGACCUCAACGUGGGAAAUAUUAGAGAUGUCCUACAUCAACUCUAUAGUAAUAUAUAUGUAGAAUAUGUAGUGAAGAACCCACUGUGUGAGUUAGGACAGCCCAUAAAGAGCGAUUUGUUCAAGACAAAACUGGAUGAAUAUGUCAGGAACUUGCCAAUAUUUGCAACAAAAACAAACUAGUUUAAAAGAAAAAGAAUUUCAGCAAAUUAUAAAAGUCAUCAAGGAGAAACAUCCGUAAUGAUGCAAAUUGGGUAAUAAAAAAAUGAUAGAAAGUUUCCAAGAGAAAUGUUUCAAAAAUCGCAAAUAGGGCGAACAUGGAGUAGACCAGUGGCGGCAAUACUGAAGACAAUGACAGACAAUGGCUACAGGAAAUAGUGAAAAGCUUAGUCAGAAAAGUGGUUGCCAUUAGGAGGAGAAGCCUGAACCAGUGGCUAAACAACUAUUUUAAAGUUAAAAUCUGAAGUCAGAAUGAAUAUGCUGAUAAAAUUAAAUAUUGGCAAAAUAACAGAAUGUAUCUUUUGUAAGAAAAUGUUAUGGACAACUUUGUGUUUCAUAUGUAAAAAAUAAAACUAUAAUCUGUACACUA